AUGGGCGCAUACGGUCUCCCCAACGGAAGCUUCCAAUCACUGGGUCUCGAAACGUGUGUGACUCCAGCAAGACAAGACGCUUGCUCCAGCCACUCGUUGCCCGUCGUAUUGUUCUCAGGCGCACUCGCCACGUCUCGACAUCUGUAUAAUGCCAUGCUCCAGAAUAUCGCGUCUGCUGGUUAUUUGGUACUCUCCAUCGACCAUCCCUACGAUGCCGACAUGGUUGAGUUCCCCGAUGGUACUAUAGUGACCGGUGUCGAGAUUGACAGCGACGCGGACAUAGAGCUUGCCCUUAGCACACGAGUCGCGGACAUUGAAUUCGUCUCUAACCAGAUUUACAACGUCUCGGCUUCGAAGGAUCUAUUUCCAUUAGGUUUGCGCCUUGAAAGGCAAUCCAAAAUGGCCGUUGUUGGACAUUCCUUGGGUGGUGCAGCAGCAGCUACUGCAAUGAUGAAUAUGCCUUCUCUCAGAGGUGGAGUCAAUCUUGACGGCUCCAUGUUUGGUUCUGUGUUAACAACCGGCUUCGACGGUCCCUUCAUGCUCAUGGGCCACGAAAACAAGACACAAGAGACUGAUCCAUCCUGGAAGACUCUCUGGCCACGCCUCGUUGGUUGGAAGAAGGAGCUCGAAGUCAAGAAUGCUGUGCACUACAGCUUCUCAGACCUUCCCUUGGUCGUAACCGCGUUGGGUCUAGAUGGGAAAUUGCCAGCGGAGGUUGGAGAGCUUCUGGCAACUUGCAUCACAGAUUCAUAUUCUAACCGUUUAAUCAUGGCACCUAAAAUCUUUCUCACCGGCGCAACUGGCUAUAUUGGAGGCGACACCCUCUUUGCGCUGUACAACAAGCACUCUGAUUACGAGAUUGCGGCUCUUGUGCGGACAGAGGAGAAAGCCAAGUCUGUCACCGAGGCUUUCCCCAAGGUACGGAUCGUCAUUGGUGGUUUGGACGAUUCUAAGAUCCUGGAAGAUGAGGCAGCAAAGGCAGAUGUAGUAAUUCACACUGCGGACGCAUCUGACCACGAAGGCGCCGCGAAAGCGAUCGCAAAGGGCCUGGCAUCUGGCCACUCCAAGGAGAAGCCUGGAUUCUGGCUGCACACUGGUGGCACUGGUAUCCUGUGCUGGGAGACUAUGCGAGACGACAACAAGUUGGGCGAAUGGUCGGAGCGUGAAUACAACGAUUGGACAGCCGUGCAAGACUUGACUGGAUUGCCAAAGGAUGCUUUCCACAAGAACGUCGAUGACCUUGUGCUGGCAGCUGGAUCUGAGUCGGUCAAGACAGCUAUCCUCUGCCCACCGACCAUUUACGGGCGUGGACGAGGCCCGCUGAACACUAGAAGCAGACAGGCAUACGAACUUGCACACUUGAUCUUGACUGGUCAAUAUAUCCCCAUCAUUGGCCAAGGAAAAGCGCGUUGGAACAACGUCCACGUCUCAGACCUUGCCCAACUCUUCGUUCUGCUGACCGAAGCCGCCGUGAAUAGCAACACUGAUUCCAAGCUCUGGAACGAACAGGGGUACUAUAUCGUAGAGAACGGAGAGCAUCUAUGGGCAGAUCUUGCGCGCCUCAUGGGUAAGAAAGCAACGGAGCUAGGUCUCGUCGACAAGAAAGAGUUGAAAGAGGAAAAGCUUGGCAAGGACAAGGCGAUUGAGCAGGCAGGUUUCGAGGCUGUAAGCUGGGGUUUCAACAGCCGCGGUAAGGCUGAGAGGGCGAAAAAGUUAGUCGGAUGGCAGCCGAAAGGACCAAGCAUUGAAGAUAAUGUUGAGGAGAUAUUGAACGACGAGAAGAGUAGGCUGGAAAAGAAGUAG